AUGGCGCUAACGCUAGGACACGUUAACAUCAGCACCCUGGAGCCGCUGAAAAAGUUGCCCCAGCUGAAGAGUCUGGACCUGUUCAACUGCGAGGUGACCAACCUGGCGGACUACAGGGAGUCCAUCUUUAAGCUCCUCCCCCAGCUCAUCUACCUGGACGGCUACGACAUCGACGACUGCGAGGCGUCCGACUCCGACGGAGAGGGGGACGGCGUCGAGGACGAGGAAGAGGGCGAGUCGGAGGACUUUGAGGAAGAGGAAGACGAGGACGAGGAGGACGUCGUGGCGGAGGAAGACGACGACGACGACGACAGCGCCGAGGACGAGGACGGCGAGGUGAACGGAGACGUAGACAGCGAGGACGAUGACGAAGAUGAGGACGACGAAGACGACGAUGACGAGGACUCGUCUCCGGUCAAAGGAGAGAAGAGGAAGAGGGACCCUGAGGACGACGACGAGGAGGACGAGGGGGAAGAAGAUUAAAGACGCACAAAGAAA